AGAGAAAGUCAUGCGUGUAAAGAGUGAAAAACGGUCAUAUUUCUACCAACAAUAAAUAACAAAAGGAAGAAGAAGAGAGGAUCCCUUGCGAAAAUCUCGUCAUCUGCAAUUUGACGAGAUUGCGCUUGGGUGGAGAAUCUACGGUACUCUUUGCACAUUAGUUGCGAUCUUUAGAAAAUCUAUACAAUUGUGUUAAUUUAAAGAAAGCACGUAUUUUCCAGCUGCAUGUUAUCUCCGGAGCCUUUCACACCCAGGAACGACUAGUUGACUUCUUUCGGCAACCAUGCCUCCUAAAGUAGACAUAAAGAAGAGGAUCAACAAUCCCUUUGAUUCUGAUUCUGAUACCGAAUCAAAAGCUAAACCCGGAAGGGGAGCUACAUCUUCAUCUGCUGCAAAAAAUGGAUACAAGAAUGGGCUUAAAGGCUCAGGAGGGCUCGAGAACCAGUCGGUGCAAGAGCUAGAGAAUUAUGCAGCUUAUAAAGCUGAGGAGACUACCGAUGCAGUGAACGGAUGUGUGAGGAUUGCUGAAGCGAUUAGAGAAGACGCUUCGAACACUCUUGUCACCUUGCAUGCGCAGGGGGAGCAGAUUUAUAGGACUCAUGAGAUGUGCACAAAGAUCGAUCAGGACCUUAGCAAGGGUGAGUCACUUUUGGGAAGUCUCGGGGGUAUGUUUUCUAAACCUUGGAAGGCGAAGAAAACUCGCCACAUAAAGGGGCCUAUGAUGAGUAAAGAUGACUCAUUUAAGAAGAAGAAGAAGAAGGACGAACAGAGGGAGAAGCUGGGACUGAGUCCUCCUAGAAGCAAAAGUAGACAAUAUGAUGAACCUGUGUCUGCAAUGGAUAAAGUGAAGGUUGAGAAGCAAAAACAGGAUGACUCCCUUAAUGAUUUGAGUGGCAUUUUGGGGCAGCUCAAGGGCAUGGCUUGUGAAAUGGGCUCCGAGCUUGAUAAGCAGAACAAGGCUCUGGAUGGUUUGAACGACGAUGUCGAAGAGCUAAACUCGAGAGUAAAAGGAGCAAACAGACGUACACGAAAUCUUCUCGGAAAAUAGGCUGAGAACUUGGCCUCCUAAAGCACUGAAGCCAUGCAACUCGUGUUUUUUCUGUUGUUUCAGCAAAUGUAUAAGCAUCCUGUCACAUGCAACCAUUUUUCAAAUGUGAAGUUUGAUUCUGUCAGUGGUAAAAUAUAUAUUUCCUUCGUAGAAUGUAUAAGAGCUACACUUGUUGAAUCAUUUUCAUCAAGA